AUGAGGCACCAGUACCCACAUGGCAUUCCUGGUACACAGGGGCUGGACGGCAUUCCUGGGAAGCCUGGCUCAGCAGGAGAAACAGGGGCUCCUGGAGCUGCUGGUGCUGCUGGUCCUUUUGGGUACCCGGGCCGGGAAGGUCCAAAUGGACCUGAAGGGCCUUCAGGGAUGAGAGGAGAGAAGGGUGACAUGGGACAUCCUGGGGAUGCUGGUGUCAGCGGGCUGGAUGGAGAGCAGGGACCACCAGGACCACCGGGAGCAGAGGGGCAGCCGGGGCCCAAAGGCGAGCGGGUCAGUCCCUGCUGGGAGCUGCGGUGA